UGGCGGUGACGUGUAGGCAAGUUGGAAGAACGUCUGUGGUACGUUUCGCGUUACGGACGACGUAGUGAACGAGAAAUUCGUCGGGAAGCGAGCUCGAUGACCGUGCGAUCGGUCGCGUCGAGGCGACGCACGAUAGUAGCAGCAGCAACAGCAGCGAGGAAGCGCGCAAAAAUAUGGUCCCGCGAACGCCGAAGCCGGUCGCAGACACCGCCAACGACGCAGCCAACGACCAACACCCCUCGCGGAAGCCCAAGAGAGGAUCUUGGCUCGUCGUCGACUGUCUCCGCCGGCGACCGGGCGUCGUGCUGCUCCUGCUGCCGGCUGCCCUCCUCGCCAGCCUCUACGUCGUCUCUUUCGAGGAGGAUUACGACUUUGAGCCGCGGUAUCCGUCCUUCUUCAAAUCGUACAACGCCGCCGAUGGGACGAUGGAAGGUUAUCUAGUGUGGAACCCGAGGUGCCAGAUGCCGUCGAAGGAACCGAUCGACCCGUCGAUACGCACCUACGUGAAGAAGGAAAAGUUUGAAAAGUGCAGCUCCGAGUCGUCGUUCACCGCUCUCUCUCGGCGAGAAAACGGCACGGUGGUGCUGACGGUGGACCCGGCCGCGGCGGUUCGCCACCCGGGUCUUCGAUGCUGCUGGGCACCGGUCUACAGAGCCGAGAAACAACAGGAGAAACCGACCAAGGACAACAACGUGGACUCGUCGAUCGUGGUGAAACGAUGCGUGAGCUUCGAGGGUGAGGCGACGUUGCCGGACGACGAGGCGCAAGCCACCCUGGUCAGCUGCACCGACGACCACCGCCAUUCCCUAGGUAAACGACGCGGCAAGCCCAUCUACGAGAACGUCCACGCGAUCCCGAAUCCCGACAAGGUUCGCGAUCGGAUGCAACGGACGCAGUCGACGACGAGCACCACCUUCGACAACGCCACUCCUUCGAACGAAGCUCCUCUGUCCAGAAAGUUGAGCGUCCUGCUGCUCGGUAUCGACAGCGUCAGCCGAUUGAACUUUAUGCGCAGCGCGCCCCUCACCGACCGAUACCUGCACGAGACCGGCUGGAUUCGGUUCGACGGGUACAACAAGAUGGGCGACAACACGUUCCCCAACUUGAUGGCCAUCCUGACCGGGCAGAACGAGACGCAGGCCUACUCGCUCUGCAAACCCACCGUCCCGCACAUGCUCGACCGCUGCCCCUUCCUCUGGCGGAGCUUCCGCGAGGCGGGCUACGCGACCGCCUACGGCGAGGACGAGACCUCUCUCAACACGUUCAACUAUCUGAAGCUCGGCUUCGUCCAGCCGCCCACCGACUACUACCUCCGGCCGUACAUGCUCGCCUGCGAGAAGUUGCUCAAAGUGAAAAAGAGAUUCAGGCUCAAGUACUGCACCGGACCGGAGACCAGCUUCGACAGAAUUCUCGACUACGCGAUCGAGUUUGCGCGCGCGUUCCUCGGCCUGCCGUACUUUGGCUUCUUCUGGACGACCAGCGUCAGCCACGAGAACGCCAACGGGCUGUCGUCGAUGGACCGUCGACUGCUCGACAAGCUGCAGCGACUGGAACGCGACGGUGUGCUCAACGACACGAUGGUGGUGCUGCUGAGCGACCACGGGAUGCGCUGGGGCCCGAUCAGGAGCGCUCCGAUUCGCGGAUGGUACGAGGAGAGGCUGCCGUUCCUCUACUUCUCGCUGCCGGAGUGGUUCCGCGCCGAGCGGCCGGACGCCUACUCGUCGCUGCGGACGAACCGGCGCCGGCUCACAUCGCCGUUCGACUUGUACGAGACGCUGAGGCAAGUGCUCGUGUUGUCCGGCGGCGGCCUGGCCGAUCCGUCCACCGGUUGUCCCGGCUGUCGCAGCCUCCUCGCCGGUCCCGUGCCCUUCGAGAGAGGCUGCGCCGACGUCGGCGUCUCCUCGCACUGGUGCGCCUGCACCGCCUUCCGCCCGGCCGAUCCUCGCGAUCCUCGCGUUCAACAGGGGGCCCGCGUCUUUCUCCAGCACGUCGACGACCUGCUGCAAACCUCCUCCUAUCGGGACAACAAGGGCAAACGGUUGUGCGCCAAGCUUCGCUUGAAGAAGCUCCAUCGCGUCGAGCGCGUCGUCGACUUUGCCUCCUCGAGCGGCCACCACGUCGCCUACUUUUACACGAUCCAAGUGAGCCCCGGCGACGGCAAGUUCGAGGUGACGGUUCGACGCCACGCCAACGGCACCUACACCGUGUCCGACCACGAGAUCAGCAGGCUCAACACUUAUGCCUCCGCCGCCGAGUGUCUCGAUCGCGGAAUC